AUGGCAGCAGCUAUUGCUUCCAUGACAGCCAGGCUAGCGACCAAGUUGUCGCUCAGAGAGGGUGAGGAACCUGUUGACCUAGGAAACCUUGGGGUUUCGGAGAAGGAAUUUCUCGCUCGUUGUUUCUACUUGGUGAGGAAACUCAACACUUGUAGGGCGGUGGUUUUGGAUUCUUUUAGGAGUGCAGUGCGUUCAAUGUGGAGAUUGACGGGGACUGUGGAGGUUCAACCACGCGGGGAUCGUUUUCUGUUUACGUUCACUCUUGAACGUGAUGUCGCCCUGGUGAAGAAGGGAGGCCCUUGGAGUUUUCAGCUGGCUAUGCUUUUGUUGAAUGACUACGAUGGCUUUUCAGUGAUUGAUGCGGUGAAGCUUGACUUUUUUUGGAUCUGGGUUGGGAUCCAUGGGCUUCCACCAGGUAUCUUGACGGCACCCACUGUCCAGCUGGUGGGAGGAACGAUCGGUGAGGUUUUAGAGGUUGAUCAACCGGUUAUCCAACGUGGUGAUGCUUGGGUUCGGAUUACUUUGGCCAUCAAUGAUCCAGUGCUUUUGGAUCGUCAUGUUCGGGUUUCGCCCACUGGUGUUCUCACUUUGAGGUUUCAGUAUGAGUGA